AUGCAGCAAACAGCGAAAAUUCUGCAAAUUAACCUGGCACGUUCUUUCGGGGCGCAAGAUCUCAUGCUCCAGAAGAUGACGGAGGACGCAUAUGAUAUAGCAGCAAUCUCGGAACCUUACAGAAUCCCAAUGGACUCAAAAUGGGUGGCUUUAUUAGAGAAUCCCCCGUUGGCGGCGCUUACUUGGCACGGUUCCAUCCCAGCAACAUCUACGGUUAUUAGAGGAAAAUAUUUCAUCUUGGUAUACUGGAAUAACACUUAUAUGGCGUCCUGCUACUUUCCUCCGAGCACAAAGACGGGUAGUUUCAAAACACUUCUUAACGACUUGGGGGAUGCAAUUUGCCCGUUCAUCCGGCAACCUUUACUCGUGCUUAGGGACUUUAACGCCUGA